CUGACAGCUUGGGACCUGUCGGCUGUGGGCUCCUGGGGAGCCACCGGGGAGGGGGUCAGCAGCCACGUUGUCGCCUCCUAGGGAACACCUGCAGACAUAAAUAGACAGCCCGCCAAGGCAGCAGAGCAGAGCCAGGAGAGCAGCGCCGCACACUGCCCACCUAUGCUCGCCAAGAUGCUCAACUCUACGCUGUCUGCGUGUUUCCUGAGCCUGCUGGCCUUCACCUCUGCCUGCUACUUCCAGAACUGCCCGAGAGGCGGCAAGAGGGCCAUGCCUGACAUGGAGCUGAGACAGUGCCUCCCCUGCGGCCCCGGCGACCAAGGCCGCUGCUUCGGACCGAACAUCUGCUGCGCCGACGAGCUGGGCUGCUUCGUGGGCACCGCCGAGGCGCUGCGCUGCCAGGAGGAGAACUACCUGCCUUCGCCCUGCCAGUCGGGCCAGAAGCCGUGCGGGAGCGGGGGCCGCUGCGCCGCCGCGGGCAUCUGCUGCAGCGAUGAGAGCUGCGUGACCGAGCCCGAGUGCCGCGAGGAUUUUCUCCGCCUCACCCGCGCUCGCGCACCGAACAACGCCACGCAGCUGGACGGGCCCGCCCGGGCGCUGCUGCUCCGCCUGCUGCAGAUGGCCGGGACGCGGGAGUCCGUGGAUUCUGCCAAGCCCCGGGUCUACUGAACCGUCGCCACCACGCCUCGCCCCUGUUGCAUGGAAAAUAAACUUUU